CCGGUCCCGGCACAUCCCACCCCCUGCGGCAUGGAGAGCCAGCGGCUGUCCUCCUACGGCCGCCGCUUCGGCCCCGCCGCCCCGCUGUACCGCGCGCUCCCCGCCAGCCCCCCGGCUCGGCCGCGGGCCACCCCCCGCGCCCGCAGCACCCAGCCCAGUCCCCGCGGGGGGGCCCGCCUGGGCUGGGGCAAGAUGGACUUCUCGCUGGCCGCGGCGCUCAACUCGGAGUUCCGGGAGACGCGCACCAACGAGAAGGUGGAGAUGAUGGAGCUCAACGACCGCUUCGCCAGCUACAUCGAGAAGGUCCGGCUCCUGGAGCAGCAGAACAAGGUGCUGGUGGUGGAGCUGAACCAGGCGCGGAACCAGGAGCCCUCGCGUCUGGCCGACGUCUACCAGGAGGAGCUGCGUGACCUGCGGCGCCACGUGGAGCAGUUGGCCACCGCCAAGGCCCGUCUGGAGAUCGAGAGGGACAACCUUGCCGAGGACCUCGGCAGCCUCCAGCAAAAGCUGCAGGAGGAGGUGACCCUGCGGCUGGAGGCCGAGAGCAGCCUGGCUGCCUACAGGCAGGACGUGGACGCCGCCGCCUUGGCUCGCCUGGACCUGGAGCGGCGGGUGGGGACCCUGCAGGACGAGAUCGCCUUCCUCCGCAAGGUCCACGAGGAGGAGCUGCGGGAGCUGCAGGAGCAGCUGGCCCGGCAGCGGGUGCACGUCGAGGUGGACACCAGCAAGCCGGACCUGACGGCCGCCUUGCGCGACAUCCGCAGCCAGUACGAGGCCAUGGCCACCAGCAACGUCCAGGAGACCGAGGAGUGGUACAAGUCCAAGUUUGCCGACCUGACGGAUGCGGCCGCCCGGCACGCGGAGGCCCUGCGUGCGGCCAAGCAGGAGGCCAACGAGUACCGGCGCCAGCUCCAGACCCUCACCUGCGACCUGGAGGCUCUGCGGGGUUCGAACGAGUCCCUGGAGAGGCAGCUGCGGGAGCUGGAGGAACGCUACGCCCUGGAGACGGCCGGCUACCAGGACACGGUGGUGCGGCUGGAGGAGGACAUCCGCAGCCUCAAGGAGGAGAUGGCCCGGCACCUACAGGAGUACCAGGAUCUGCUCAACGUCAAGCUGGCCCUCGACAUCGAGAUCGCCACGUACCGCAAGCUGCUGGAGGGCGAGGAGAGCAGGAUCACCAUCCCCGUGCAGAGCUUCUCCAACCUGCAGAUCCGAGAGACCAGCCUGGACACGAAAUCUGUGUCAGAAGCCCACGUGAAGAGGAGCAUCGUGGUCAAAACUGUGGAGACCAGAGAUGGAGAGGUGAUCAAGGAGUCCAAGCAGGAGCACAAGGAGGUGAUGUAGGGCCGGGGAGCCGCAGCAGCCGCACGCUUGUAGCCGUAGCUCCGUAGGUCCUGUCCGACGCUGCGAGGGAGCCCCACGGCUGGGCACGGGGUCGCGGGAGGAGCCGGUGGUGCUUCGGCGGGGGGCAUCGCCCUCCCGCCCACCCCUCGCCUCUCCCACAUCACCCCGUGCCCCAGGGACCCCCCUGACACCCUGUUCGGGGCUGGCUGAUGGCAAAGCACCCGUCCCACCGGGCACCGUGUGGGAAGGGGAUGGGCAAUACCCGGGGGAGGCGAGCGGUGCCGGGCGGAGCCGAGCUGCCCCGCUGGGAUGCUGCGCGUCCCCACGGCACGGAGGGGACGGUGAUUUAAGGUCCGUGCCCACGCUCGCGCUGGGUCUCCAGCUCACCGGUGCCCACGGAGAGAGCCCGUCCUGUUUCGAUCUCCACGCACUGGUUGGACAAAAUGACGGUGCCAAGAGCAUCUCUCCCUGCAUCCCGCCUUGCUGCCCACCCUCUGGUCCGGGAGGCCACCCCGAAUCUCCCCAGUGCACCCAGGCCCUGAGCAUCCUUGGCGGGGGGGGCUACAGGGUGCAAGGUACAGGCUGGUGAGGGACAUUUCCCUGUCACCAAGCAUUGGUUGGGCUUAACCAAGAGGCAGGGGCAGGACGAAGAGGAGGAUGGAGAGGCAGGACACUGUUGGGAUGGUAUCAAAGGGUGAUGAAAUGGGGAUAACGAGGGGUUCCUGGGGACACUGGGGUGUCCAGGGUGGUUUGUGGGGCCGGAGCAGCGAUGGGCACAGCAGGCUGGGUGGCCUUGUGGGCUUCUCCUGGAACAGGGCUAUGGGGCUGUGCUGACCCCCACUGGGUGUCCCCCACCAAGGUGUCCGAAGGUGUUCCCAUCGCCACGGUGGGGAAAACCAGUCCUGAGGUUCUCGUGGCGAGGGGUGACCCACGGCCGUGCACCUGGCCCCUCGCCUGGGGGUCCCACGCAGGUGAAAAUGGAGAGGAGGGGAGUGCAGAGGAGGAAGAGGAGGAGGGUGUCGGGGCACCCACGGGUGAUCUCACAGCAGGAGGUGCCUCCCGUGACCCAGGAGUGACGGGGAGGAUGGACAGAGCCAUCCUUGUCCUGCCUGUCCCCCCCUGGGUCACAGUAGGAGCCAGGGGGGACGGGGACUGGGGCUGCCUCUGUCACAAUCCUGCCAAUGGAGCCCAAGUCCACCCCCCCCAUGGGCCUUCAAGAUGAGGUUGGAAGAAAUCCCUCGUCCCUGGGCUCCACGUGGCCCUGUUCCCCCAUCCGUCCUCCCCCCAGACCAGCACAUGCCACCGGUCCACCCAGGGCCACCGCCCAGCCCCGCGCUCACCCGCAGCCCCCGUCCCACCUUUGAUUUAGCUACUGACCACGAGCCAAGCCUGCCCUGAUGCCACCUAACGCUGGAGCAAUGACCCAGCAGCGCUUCUCGUCCCCCGUAAGCCCUUUGGGAUGAGCACACGGGGUGCCACUCGGAUGCCAUCCCCCUUGUCCCCUCUGUCCCCCUCGUCCCCUGGCUGAGGCGCUGAGCCUGCUUUGCAGCUAACGGCUCCAGAAAGGCCAUUCCCAGGGGCAGGAGACCCGCGUGCUGCCCAGGUUUGGCAUCUGGGGUGGGACGACGGUGGCCCGGGGGGGUCUCAGUCCCCUGCGAGCAGACUCCGGCUGGAGCUUUGCAGCCCACGUCGCUGCUGAAUUGAUGCACUAACGCCCGCCCGCGGCAGCUCGAGAUGAGAAAUAAAGCUAACGCAAGCGCUGCGCUUC